GUGGACGCGGAAAUCACGAGUGGUCGCCAAUCAAAACAGCAGCGAACGGCGAAGAACAAACAACGCUGCAUUCCAGGGUGAUUUCGGCGUCCAAGUGCGUAUCGGCGAGUGGAAUCGGCUGCCGACGGCAGUUGAUGUUUGAUUGAUGGCGUCUUCGGCGCCCGCGGGCACCGGCGGCGAGUCGGCGCCGGUGCCUCCGCUGGCGCAAAUCACGCCGGCCAAGACGCAGACCGUCCUCAGCGACGUGCUCCUCUCGAGGCCCAGGCUGCAGGACCUGGUGCGCGAGGUCGACCCUGCCGAACAACUCGACGAAGAGGUUGAGGAAAUUCUGGUGCAGCUGGCCGAUGAGUUUGUGGAGAACACGGUGAGCGCCGCCUGCCUCCUGGCCAAGCACCGCAAGGCGACCACUGUUGAGGUCAAGGACGUGCAGCUGCACCUGGAACGCAACUGGAACAUGUGGACACCUGGCUUCGGCACCGACGAGCUUCGUCCCUACAAAAGGGCCCCGGUCACCGAGGCCCACAAGCAGAGGCUGGCGCUCAUCAGAAAAACUCUCAAGAAGUACUGAGAUCGAUUUCCGGCUCUUUUCUUUCCGUGUCUUGUUUUUGCUGGAUAACACAAUAAAUGAGAUGGAACUUGUAAGAUUUUUUAAAAUG